AUAAUUUAGAAAAAAUGAUGAAACUCUUAUUAUUGAUGAUAUCAAUCAUGAGUAGUUAUUGCUUUAAUCCCAAUGACUAUGUAACAAUACCCUUCCUAAAAUUCCCAGAUUCUUUAAGUUAUAACGUUUUAGAGAUAAAUUCAAUUUUUGAAUAUUUGAUAGCAUGUGUGUACAUAGGGUUGUUCUAUUAUUCCAUGUACUUUUGUAUUAGUCAAAUUUUGGUUUGGAGUCAUCCAGCUCCAAAGACUCCUGAAAGAAUCGAAUAAACAAGGGAAGAAAUGAGGAGGGGAAUCAAAGCUCUGUUCUACGUAAUUUUAUUAACAACAGGAAUAAUAUGGAAGAUACAGCCUUUGAAUCCUUAUUAUGGGUAUUAUGAGACACAUGAAUUCGGAUUGAAAGAAUUCUUUGUUUCCUUAAUCAUAUACAUGGUGACAUUUGAUGUGUGGUUUUAUACUUCACAUAUAAUUGGACACAUGCCCUUUUUUUGGAAACAUUUUCAUGGAGAACAUCAUGAAUUUGUUGAACCUGGAGCUUAUGCUUAAGAUGCUGUACAUCCAGUAGAAGCAUUGAUUUAAGGGCCUAUCGGACAUUUCCUACCAACAUUUAUCUAUCCAUUCCAUCCAGUGUGUCAUCACGUCUUUGGGCUAUUAACAUCAGUAUAUGCUUAACUUGCACACGAUGGAAGAUGGGACCCAGCUGGACAUACCUUACAUCAUUAUUACUAUUCAUGCAAUUUCAGCAUUUGGGGAUUAAGCGAUUUUAUAUUUGGAACCGGAUACAACUAAGAAAAGUAUCCAAUUCCUUACAUCCCAACUUGGCUUAGAAGCAAAGUCAAUAGUAAGAAUCAGGAUAAAAAAAUAAUGUGA